AUGUCGUCGGAUCGUUUUAAACGAAAAGAAAUUAGAACUUUAAAACAACGAUGGAUAAUGAAGCAUAAAGAUCGUACGGAUGAUAUACCAAACUGUCCAUCUAUCGAGGACAUUAUUGAUAUGCCAAUACCUAAUGAAAUUCUACCGUCCGAGAAAACGGAAACUAGUAAUGUCAUAACUGAUUCGUCAAUCUUGAAUGCUAAAUUACCGACUGGUGCAAUACAAUCGCAAACGACAAGCACUGCGCAAGAAAAUUCAACAAAAUCGACGGGUCAUGAAACGUCGAUAGUACCAAAACGGUUCCAUCGAAAUUAUCGCAAACGACAACGACAUUCGCGGAAAAGCAGCAAGCGUCAUAGUUCAUCCAUUUCAAAUAGUGAAUUUGCCAUCCAGGGUCCAGCUUCCGAAAGACGUGACGAUAUCCCGAUGUGCCCAGAUAUCCAAAAUAUUUGCGAUCUUGAUCAAAGCGAAAUAGAUGAUGACAUGUCCGUUCAUCGAUUUUCCCACGCAUUUCAUCAAUUACUUGAUGAUUUUCUGCUUCUUCUAACCAAAUUAACACAAUUCUUGAAGGGUCAUCCACGUCCUGCAACAAUAACAGGUUUCAUUGUUGCCAGUUAUUUGCUUAUUAGUUAUUUGGAGCUUUCAAUUGCUGCACUUAUUGAAUUAAUUGCCCAAGCUAUUUGGCCAAUAUCACAUGCUAUGCUUCUCUUCAUUGGGCGUCUUUCCAUAAAUUUUAGCUCAUUCAUGCAUUUUUCCGAUGAUAUUAUUAAGGGUGCAUACUGCGAUGUGGCAGAGAUUUGGUGUAAACAUUUUCAAAUGAUGUGUGCCGAUCGGUGUUCAUUUUUCAGUAUGGCAGUGGAACGAUUGAAAAAUUAA